GGCACCAUCCCCACCAGAACAGUGAGAUGCUUCCCGAAUAACAAACCCUGGAUCGCCAGUGACCGAAAGAAACUUUUAAACAAGUAAAAAAAAAAAAAAGAGCCUUUAGGGAACAAGACAAGGAGCAAUUGAGAAGUCUACAGAAAGAGCUCAAUGUCAAGAUUAGAGACAACAAGGAGAAGUACAGGAAGAGGCUGGAGAAUAAACUGCAGAAGGAACAAUAUCAGAGAUGUGGUCAGGGAUGAAGAAGGUUACAGGCCUCAAUUAAAAGGAGGAUCAGACGGAUGGAAGUAGGGACAGAGCAAAUGAGCUCUGUUCAACAGGUUCAGCUCAAGAACAAGCUCAUCAUUCUCUUCUCCUGACCCCAGACAGACAUCCCACCCUGUGUAGGAUUCUGCAGCAUCUCUUCAAACUGUCGUGGAAGACAUCCUCCUGGUCCCAAUACCAAAGAAAACUCAUCCAUCAGUCAUCAACAACUGCAGGCCUGUUGCCCUGACAUCCCACAACAUGAAGGUCCUAGAAAGAAUCCUGUUGGCCCACCUGAGUAAGAAGACAAGCUCAUAUCAAGACCCUCUGCAGUUUGCUUAUCAAAAUAUAGUUGGAGUUGAUGAUGCUAUCAUACACCUGCUUCAACAAACUGUCUUCUGGACAAAGCAGGCAGCGCUGUUGGCAGUUCCUCUGGGGGGAACCUCAGAUGUAUAAUACAAUACACUCCAAUUUAGUUGACCAUGUUACGAUAAAACGUAUCUAAGAAAGCUCAGCAGAUUGCCGUUGAUUAUUAAUUUUUGGAUGAUUUCCUCAUCCAGAGGAAGCAUAUUGUGCCAGUAGGGAGAAACAUCUCUCUAACAGUGCUCGGUAUGAGUGGUGGUCUCCAGCACGUAGAAACACUAUGGAGGUUGUCUCACAAUUGAUUUCCCUGUUUUUCCCAUUCCUCAGGUUUUGAAGACUACAACUGAGGCACUGAUAGAAGUUAACAUCAGUAAGAACCUGGUUGGCUCUGCCAUGGCAGGUAGCAUUGGUGGAUUUAAUGCACAUGCUGCCAACUUGGUGGCUGCCAUCUACAUAGCCUGCGGGCAGGAUCCGGCCCAGUCAGUAAGCAGCAGUAACUGCAUUACUCUCAUGGAGCCAUCAGGGCCAACAGGGAAGGACCUGUACAUCAGCUGUACUAUGCCCUCUAUAGAGGUGGGCACUGUGGGAGGAGGCACCAACCUGCCCCCUCAACAAGCCUGCCUCAAGAUGCUGGGAGUCCAGGGUGCCAGUCAGCAGUACCCAGGGGAGAAUGCCUGCCAGUUGGCCAGGAUUGUAUGUGCCACAGUGCUGGCUGGAGAGCUCUCACUGCUGAGUGCUCUGGCUGCUGGGCACCUUGUCAAGAGUCACAUGACUCAUAACAGAUCUAAGGUGGACCUACAUGGGACUCGGGGAACAAUGCAGACUGAAAGAAGUUAGGUCUUGUUCAAGAAACUGGAUGGAAGCCAUAAAGAUUAAGCCAGUUUGAACGGAUUAAUCAUUUAUCAAUGAAGAAAAGAUCUCACCUGUCUUCCACAGCUCUUGAUACAAGAUCAUAUUUUGAUCAAGUAUUGUUCAGUGCAUAAAAAAAAUCUUAAGCAACUCAGUUUUUCUUACUGCAUCUACUUGUAUUUGAUGAUUUUGUCAUCAAGCAUUUUUGCCAAACUAAUCAAACUGAGAUGUACAAAGGUAAAACUUGAGCUCAAUAAAUGUUUCUUGCUGGGGAGUCAUACUCACCAGCAAAGCUGCUUUUUA